AUGCAGUUGCGAUUCGGCGAGACUGCCAUUCCCAAGAUUGAGUUAACUAAGGGGUACAAGUAUCUUGGAGUAGCCGAUAGCUAUGACCCCGGGCCGAAAGCGACACAACUGACUGAGCUACUCACAACAGUGAAGCGCGAACUUGCGACGUUGUGCAGAUCGCCGCUGGCACCGUCCCAGAUUCUCAAGAGCAUCAAAGUGUACUUAUAUCCGAAGUUGGAAUACUGCCUGCGGCACUUGCGCCCUCCUCAAGCGCAGCUACAAGGGCUGUUACGACUACCCAAGUCGGCGACCACCAGCUUCUUCUACGCACCUACGUCCAAGGGUGGACUGGGACUACUGCCAUUAACGGAUUGCCACCGUGUGCCGCAAAUUGCACACGGUUGGCAAAUGCUCCACUCUGACGACGAAUGCGCGCGAUUUACGGCAAUCAACCAACUGAAACAAGUCAUUGACAAGCGGUAUCACCUUGACCGACAACACUGA